ACAGCGCCGAGCUCACCUUCCCACACCGCCUGAGAGGGGGCGGACGGUGAAAGGGGGCCCGGGCUUUUCGUCCCCCCUGGGGAUGAAGCACCCUCGGAGGCUUUAAACAAAGUCAGGGCUCUUUUAUCCGGAUCCCACUAGCCCGGUUGGGGCUGACUCAGCUCCUUCGCUGCACCCGGCGCUCCCUAAAGGAGCGAGCGCCCUGCCGCUCUCCCAGGGCCGGCGGCGGCGAAGGCGGGCCCAGGCGAGCUGUCCACAGCGGCCCAGAGCUGGCCUUGGAGGGCCCUGACGGUUGUGGGGUGCACGGCGCGGUGGCGAGGAGGAGGUACCUUCCUCCAAGCCAGCGAGCGCCAGGGGCGCCCUGCAGCUCCCAGCUCCGGGGCUGCACCCUGGGAGGCUGUCGGGCCGAGACGCCAGGCCGGCUGGCAGGGCUGCGGGGCGGCGGGGAGGUGCGGCCGCCCGCCUUCCCCACCGUGCCUAACUGUUGAGUCAAACUCCGCUGGCUGGCUGGACCUGCAGCCAGGCCUCGGCACAGUUUGCUGUGGUUAAUGAUUGAUCACCGACUACCCUUUCCGGAGCUACCCAGAAGGUCUGGAGGGCGGGCCAGGGCGGCAAGGGCCAGGGAGCAGGAGCGGGGGCGCAGCGCCGCGAGUCCGGGUGGCGCCCUCCGCGCAGAGGGUUAGGGCAGGGGCGCGGGCGCUGCGCGGACCCGCGGAGGGGCGGGGAGGCCCGGCCGCCCUCCGCAGCUGAGUCCCAGCCUCGCGCCAGCUCUCCUCUCUCAAAACCCCACCCCCAGGCACCCCAGCCCUCUCCUAGCGUGGAUUGCUCCAGGAAGCUCCCAUAAAAGCACCUCAAGUGCUAAAUUACUUCUGCCUGGGAACUCUAGAGUGAGUCCUGCGUCCAGUCCCGCAGAGUUGCAGCCAAGAACUUGGAGGUCUGUUGGCAGGAGAAAGGAACGUUGAGAAGUCUUUGGACCCGGUGGCGCAGCACUCUCUGUCAUGGCCUCACGCAGUGACUCCAGCAGGGACUGCUCCCAUAUCAUCGAUCACGACCAUGUCCCCCAAUUCGAGGUGGCCACCUGGAUCAAAAUCACGCUCUUCCUGGUGUACCUGGUCAUCUUUGUGGUGGGCAUCCUGGGGAACAGCAUCACCAUCCGUGUUACCCAGGUGCUGCAGAAGAAAGGCUACCUGCAGAAGGAGGUGACCGAUCACAUGGUGAGCCUGGCGUGCUCCGACAUCUUGGUCUUCCUCAUUGGGAUGCCUAUGGAGUUCUACAGCAUCAUCUGGAACCCUCUGACCACCCCCAGCUACGCGCUGUCCUGUAAGCUUCACACGUUCCUCUUCGAGGCCUGCAGCUACGCCACGCUGCUCCACGUGCUGACGCUGAGCUUUGAGCGCUACAUUGCCAUCUGUCACCCCUUCAGGUAUAAGGCCAUGUCAGGACCCUGCCAGGUGAAACUGCUGAUUGCCUUCGUCUGGGUCACCUCUGCCCUGGUGGCACUGCCCUUGCUUUUUGCCAUGGGUAUCGAGUACCCUCUGGUGCACGUGCCCGCUCACCGGGGCCUCAUUUGCAACCGCUCCCGCACCCGCCACCGGGAGCAGCCCGAGGCUUCCAACAUGUCGAUCUGUACCAAUCUCUCCAGCCGCUGGACCGUGUUCCAGUCCAGCAUCUUUGGCGCGUUUGUCCUCUACCUCUUGGUCCUGCUCUCUGUGGCCUUCAUGUGCUGGAACAUGAUGCAGGUGCUCAUGCGGAGCAAGCAGGGCACAAUGGCCGGGACCGGGCAGCAGGUGCAGCUGAGAAAGUCUGAGAGCGAGGAGAGCCGGGCCGCCAGGAGGCAGACCAUCAUCUUCCUGAGGCUUAUUGUUGUGACAUUAGCCGUCUGCUGGAUGCCAAACCAGAUUCGCAGGAUCAUGGCUGCAGCCCAGCCCAAGCACGACUGGACCAAGUCCUACUUCCGGGCGUACAUGAUCCUGCUCCCGUUCUCCGACACCUUCUUCUACCUCAGCUCGGUGGUAAACCCGCUCCUGUACAACGUGUCCUCGCUGCAGUUCCGCAGGGUGUUCUGGCAGGUGCUGCGCUGCCACCUGACGCUGCCCCACGCCAACCAGGAGAAACGCCUGCGCGCCCACCCCAGCUCCAGCACCGACAGCGCGCGCUCCGCCCGCAGCCCGCUCAUCUUCUUCGCGUCCCAGCGCAAUUCCUCCGCAAGGAGAACUAACAAGGUUUUCCUAAGCACUUUUCAGAGCCAGGCCGUGCCCGAAUCGAAGCCCCAGCCUCCAAGUCAGGAGUCCCCACAGCCCAACUCGGAGAUGAAGCCGGUCAGCUGUGCCGCAGAGAAUGGUUUCCAGGAGCACGAGGUAUGACAGCGAACAGAG